AUGGUUCGGCCGGCCCCGCCCUGCGCAGUCGCGGCCCAGAGGGCCUGUCCGGUGGGAGGCGGGGCAGCGAGACACACCCCCGAAGAGCCUGGUGACCCAGUGGUUCGGACCGCUGCAGCCGCACUGCCACCGGCGGCCCUCCCCCUGCCCUCCCCUGUCUCGGCCUCAGCGUCUCAGGGCCAGCGUAGCCACGUCAGUAGCUGGGCUUCUGGACCUCCGCAGGACGUUCUUUCCGCACCCUUGCAGAGAACAGAAAAUCUUAGGCCAGCACAAGUCUUCGGGAAGAGGGGUGUCGAUGGACAGGGAACGGAGAUGAGUUUUCCUUUCCCCAAAGGCCUCAAGACUCCUACUCAGGAGAGCAUCUUGGAUCUUUUAAGUGUGGGAAGCCACUUGGGGUCUCCCAAGUGGGUUGCCCUUCCCCUAGGAUUGUGUUCCAGAAGGAAGUGUAUCUUCAUACAUCACCACACCUGA